GCUGCUUGGGCUGGCUUGGGGGUCCCGUGGUUAUGGUAGCGGUGAUAUGUCCUCCGUGUCUACUGUGCGCUCUUCGUAGGGAAAGAAAGGCGGUGCGCAGCCCGGCCCAUGAGUGGAGCAGGCAUGGACGACAAACCCCCCGCACCGCCUGUCAGGCUCACCAGUGCCAGCGUGCGCGGGGGCGGCCCCCCUCCGGCCCCCUCGGCGGUGCCCGUGGACAUGCGUCCGCUGCCCAAGGAGCCCGACGGGGACGACCGCAAGAAGGGGAAGCUCAAGCCUUCCAAGGGGGCCGCCAAGAAAGAGCGCCGGGAGCAGGAGAAGCCCGUCAUCUCCCCGCCCACCAACUUCGAGCACACGGUGCAUGUGGGCUUCGACGCCGUCACGGGAGAGUUCACGGGUAUGCCGGAGUCCUGGGCCCGGCUGCUCCAGAACUCGAACAUCACCAAGCUGGAGCAGAAGAAGAACCCGCAGGCAGUGCUGGACGUGCUCAACUGGUACGACGCCUCCACCAAGGACAAGGGGCGCUCCAAGUACAUGACCAUCAACCGCACCCUAGCCGAGCUAGUAGAGCUGUGGCAGAUCUCACAUCCCUCUCCGCCGAGCUUUUUGGGAGACAAGUAUGCUGUUGCAACGACGGUGAUCGGAUCCUCGACCUCCGAGGACAGCAUAUCUGAGCCCGAAAAUGCCCCCAAGUUCCUCCCACCUCACGAGCCCCGAAGAAACGUGUCCGAGAAGAUCAUCUAUAAGUCUCACCCAGAGCCGCCCUCUUCUCCCGAGGAGGACGAGGAAGAGCCCGGACCGCCGCCUCCCAUCGCCACCCGGCCGGACAAGACCAAGUCCAUCUACACCCGGCCGAUCGAGGAGGACAACAAGAACGGAGGCUACGACGCCCGGGACAUUGCCAACAACAACAGCGGCGGCGGGGCCACGACGGGGGCGGUGGCGCGGGCCCGCAAGAAGAAGAUGACGGACGAGGAGAUAAUGGAGAAGCUGCGCAGCAUCGUGUCAGUGGGGGACCCCAACCGCAAGUACACCAAGAUGGAAAAGAUCGGUCAGGGGGCCUCGGGCACGGUGUACACGGCCAUUGAGACCUCGACGGGCACCGAGGUGGCCAUCAAGCAGAUGAACCUGUGCCAGCAGCCCAAGAAGGAGCUCAUCAUCAACGAGAUCCUGGUGAUGCGCGAGAACAAGCACCCCAACGUAGUCAACUACCUUGACUCCUACCUGGUCGGGGAGGAGCUCUGGGUGGUGAUGGAGUACCUGGCCGGAGGGUCCCUGACGGACGUGGUGACGGAGACCUGCAUGGACGAGGGCCAGAUCGCUGCCGUCUGCCGGGAGGUGCUGCAGGCCCUGGAGUUCCUGCACUGCAACCAUGUGAUCCACCGAGACAUCAAGAGCGACAACAUCCUCCUGGGCAUGGACGGCAGCGUGAAGCUGACGGACUUCGGCUUCUGCGCCCAGAUCUCGCCGGAGCAGAGCAAGCGUACGACGAUGGUGGGCACCCCAUACUGGAUGGCCCCCGAGGUGGUGACCCGCAAGCAGUACGGCCCUAAGGUGGACGUCUGGUCCCUCGGGGUGAUGGCCAUCGAGAUGAUCGAAGGCGAGCCCCCCUACCUCAACGAGAACCCCCUGCGGGCCCUGUACCUGAUUGCCACCAACGGCAAGCCCGAGAUCAAGGACCGGGACAAGCUCACGGCCCCUUUUCGGGACAUGCUCGACCGCUGCCUCGAGGUGGACGUCGACCGGAGGUACUCCGCCUCCGAGCUGCUCAAGCACCCGUUCCUGAAGCAAGCUCGGCCGCUCACCAGCCUGCACCCGCUGAUCGUGGCAGCCAAGGAGGCCGCCAAGAACCACUGAGGCCGGCCUUGUUUCCCACGGAGGGCUACACCUCGACGCACGGCUCCGGCUCCGGCCGUGACUGCCUGGGGAGUGUGAUCCGGCUGCAUCAUACGGGAAGGCGUUGCAUCUGCCCGCUCUCCCGUCCUUCCCGCUCGUGGCCGGGGCGUACGGCCCACGAGGUUGGACUUUCUCUCGGAGCCACGCGGCAUCCCUCACGGCACCCAAGGCGGAUGUCCGGCUCUAAUGAGAGCUCCUUUCUUCGUUUACAAGAGGAACUUGGGCAGCUAUUUAAUUUUAGCGGAGUGGUACUUGAUCUCCACAUUUCUUUUAUUUUGUGCUUGCCCGCCGUCGGGACGAACUUCGGGGUGCACGACCGGCGGUGGGGGUUCCCGGCGUGCGGAGGGGGCGUGUGCUGGCAGACCCCGGGCGGAGGGAGCAGCGACAUGCUCUGGGACGGUACCGACGUGGCAUUCCGACUUCUGGGCAGGCCCGCUAGGUGGCUUCGACACUGUGGCAGCAAAAGGAUGCUUAACUUUCUUGAGGGGGACGUUGCUUGAGACGGAGCUGUUUUCGACGAGGCAUACGUCUCGCUCGGUUUGGAAGGAAUGGUGUCUUAGACCGGGGCACUCGUCUGUUCUUGGGGGGGCGCCCGUUGGGGUGGCAUGCAACGCCAAGAUGGGGUCGUGUAGAGGGGGGCACUUCGGUCCCGUUCUCGGAUGCGGAGGCCGCAUCAAAUAUGCCCUCGCACCUCCGCAGCGGUGCCGAAGGGUCGGUCAGGUGAUCUGCAGCGCAGUCGCAAUUGCCCCACAUGCAGGAGCGUCCAAGCGCGCCGUCGGUAAUGCAACUUUAUGAAGUCUCAGAGUGCAGCAAUAAGGGCCCUAUCUUGGCCUUCUAAAAUGUUUGGUCACAAGUUGCAGACCGACUGAUUCUGUCCGUGAUUUGUUUGCCAAUGUAAAAGCAGCUUUUUUUUUUUUCUCUCCUUUGUGGUCUCCCUUUUAAAGCCUACGCUUGUCCACCCCACCGAGCAUUCUUUAAAACCUGCACUAGAGAAAGGCAGCUUUCCGGCUGCACCCAGUCUAAUUGCACGAAAUAAGGGUGUAGCAAUACUGUUAGGGUGCCUGCACCUGGUUAGCGAUGCAUCGAUUCUUCGGUGCAGUGCGUACGUCGGCUUUGAGGUAGACUCUGCGGCACAUGCCUCGGCAACAGGCCAGUGUCGUGGCACGUUCCCCAGUGUGUCGCAAUGCCCGCAGCUCUGCCGAGGUGUUGGUGGCUGCUCCGGCAUCCAGCGGGGGCACCUCGUACGAACCCGGUCAGGGGCCAGCGACUGCCACUCCUUCGAGCUCCGCAGGCUGUAAAUCCAGCACUUUUUUUAGAGCAACACUGGAGCCUCGAUUCUAGGUUACUGCAUCACCAUACAGCAUUUAUUUAAACAGUAACUUCAUAGGGUAAACCAACCUCAGGAGCCGCGUAAGCACGAAUUUUGCAGGGCGGUUAAUCCGUUAUCACUAAAUGAUCUUGAAACAAAUAGCAAACGUUGCCAGGGGUCGAACCCCAGUCACCGGCGUGGAAGCCAAGUGCACCACUCGCUGAGCUAUGGACCCAGCACGCAGGAACAGGAGGAGCAGAAGCAGGUGGUGUAAGAAACCAUGCGGAGAGGGAUGGAAAGGCCAAAGAGAGGAGCAAAAACGGGUAGUGUAGAAGGAGCAUGCAGAAUGAGGAGUGGAAAGAGCAGGAAAGCGCGUUUCUCCUCUUGCCGAUUUAGAAAAUUCAGCUUAAAGGCUUUGUAUACGGGUGGUGCUGAAGGGAAGUGCGUGCAGUGUCACAAAGAGACAAUGGUGCGAUGUAAUCUGUUUCUAAACAAGCCCCUACCCUAGGCACCACCUGGAUUAAAGAGCACCACCCACCCCAUGCACUGAAAGACUAACAAUCAUACUGCCCUAGGCAACACCCACCCUAUAAACCUACUACAUUUUAACGCGUUUUGCAAAAUGACCAAACAUUCGGCCAAUUGUUUUCCAACGGUGUUCUACGGAUAUAUUUGCUUGCCUGCGGCAUUGAUCCUCGAUCUCGUUACCAUCAGUUAGCCUUCCAAAACUUACGUUAGCAAGCAAUGAUCAUUUCUCUUUGCCCCCUGAGGAAAUUUGGGUCCUCACUGUGGCGAUCACAGCCGGUGGGCGUGGCAGUGAGGACCAACUGAACGACGGCGCAGCUCUUGGAGAAGUUGAGUGUGUAGCCAUUACCACACGCUUGCGAGAGUGCAAGAAGAUAGGAGCAGUGGGCGCUUUAAUUUCUUAGCCCUCGCUAGACCCCGUUUCACCUUACUGCAGCGGACGCUACGAGUCCUCCCACUUAAUCCGAUGCUUUGAACGUACUGUAUUUCUACAUGCCCACGUGCCACAGUGCCCCCCUCGAAGGUCACUCGAGCGCCAUUGGACUGGCUUUGAUGGCUCGUAGGCUCCUCUGUGGUUUGUCUUAAGGUAAAACAGAGUAUGACGGCAUCGAGAGGCGGCUGCAGUCCAGAAGUGCCAAACCGACUGCCUCCGAAGAUGCAGUUCCGAAUCCGACAGCAAGUACCAAGCACCAAAACCAUUGCUUUGAAAUGUGCUCGUGGUUAUGGCAAUCGAGAUGGGGCGCAUUAAACAAAGAUUUGGUGCUUGACGCAACAUAAGUCCUUAAAAAGUUUUAUUGGUCCACUUGGUCGAGAACAUUCCAAGCAUGUUCUUGGUCUUUGUUCCGUACAAUAUUGGGAAUUGUGGCCAUACUCUAGUGAAAGCAAUGGAUGGUAAUGUGGUGAAGAGAAACAAAUGUUUUGCCCCGGGGUGUGCGGUCACAAAUUGGAGAAUCGCCGGCGGGCCUUUUAACUGCGAGGACAGAUUUUCUCCUUCCCGUCGUAUACUCAUUACACAGACUGCAAAGGACCUCUUUACGUGCACGCGAGGGCUAUUAUUUCUAAUUGGUGCGAUUUGUUCAUUGGAGCGCCGCUAUGUCCCAACAGCAUCUCGGAAAGUGAUGAUCUCAGCCCCGACUGGAAGGGACUCCCUUCCCCCUCUGCGCCAACAAGAACCGCACGGCCGACGGUUCGUCUGGAGCACGUCCCCUAGGGGUGAGAGGUCUCCCGGAGCGAAGGAAGUCUCGCCCGUGGUACCAAAGAAUCAACUUUCUUGAAAAGUGCAUGGGAAGCCUGUCCGAAGAGGUCCCCCCUUGGCCCCGUGCGGUACGUCUAGUUGUGCCCGCACCACGUGCGCCUCCCCCGCUGCCGCAGCUCGUGUCUCGAGCGACCUGGACAAUUUGCAGACUCGGGACGUGCCUUUGGAGAGGUGUUUGAGGAUGCAAUAACUGGAGCCAAUAAAGAUUCUUUUGCAAGAA